AUGUCGGCGGCUGCGAUAUUACGAAAGAUGCUCGCAGAUAAAGACAAGAUCAUCGUAUGUCCAGGUAUCUACGACGGAUUUACCGCCCGCAUUGCCUUGCAGGCUGGAUUUGAUUGUCUGUACAUGACCGGUGCUGGCACCACCAUGUCAAGGCUAGGCAUGGCAGAUCUCGGAGUGGCUACUCUGAACGACAUGAAAGAAAACGCCGAGAUGAUAGCGGGUCUCGACAGGACAGUUCCUCUCAUCGCUGAUGCAGAUACUGGUUACGGAGGGCCUUUGAUGGUUGGCCGCACAACCGCACAAUACAUGCAAGCGGGUGUCGCAGCCUUUCACCUCGAGGACCAAGUCGUCACUAAACGUUGCGGCCAUCUAAGAAACAAGGAGCUAGUCGACGAAGAGGUGUUUCUUUCCCGCAUCAGAGCUGCUGUCAACAUGCGUGCACAGAUGCUCGGCGAUAUCGUGGUGAUUGCCCGCACUGAUGGCUUGCAAUCCCUCGGCUACGAAGCUGCGGUGUCGAGACUCAAGAAAGCCAUUGCGGUUGGUGCUGAUGUAGCAUUCCUAGAGGGAGUGUCGUCCAAGGAGGAGGCAAGACGUGUCUGUGAAGAGCUGGCUCCCACACCGGUACUCCUGAACAUGGUGGCCGGGGGUGUGACGCCGAAGAUGACGGUGGCGGAGGCGAAAGAGAUCGGCUUCAAGAUCAUCAUCUUCCCUGGCUUUGCUCUAGCGCCGGUUUAUCAAGGCGUAGCUGCGGCGGCGAAGGAGCUGAAGGAGACGGGAGAUGUCCAGAUCAAGGGCGAUUCCAAGGCGGGCCCAAGGGAGAUCUUCAGUGUAUGUGGUUUGAAGGAGGCUAUGGAGUUUGAUAUUGCAGCUGGUGGCAAUCUGUACUCAAAGGGAGUGUGA